AAGAAGCCGUGAGCGAAGGUACGAAGGCAAAGAAGGACCUGCCGAUGGUGUGACAGGCAGAAGUUGUCAGGUCCCGUUUACUGCAAACAACACUUCAUCUCUCCAGACUUGUCAGCAGGACUUGAGAGAAGAUGUGGCGUUGGGUAGUUCUGGUGUCUCUGUCCUGUGUGGGGUACUUCCCUUGUGGCCAGGGUUUAGCCAGGCACGGUCAGCACAGCCGCUGUGAGAGGAUCACCAUACCUAUGUGCUUAGACAUGAGAUAUAACAUGACACUGAUGCCUAACUUCAUUGGCCACACCAACCAGAAGGAUGCGGCCAUCCAGGUUCACGAGUUCAUACCUCUAGUACAGUUCGGCUGUUCGCGAUUAUUAAAGUUUUUCCUGUGUUCGCUUUACGCUCCCAUGUGUACGGAGCAAGUUGACGAGACUUUAGUCAUUCCGGCCUGCAGAUCCAUGUGCUUAGAGGUCAAAUCGAAGUGUGAACCCGUUUUAGAAAAACUUAAUUUUAAGUGGCCUUCAAUUUUGGAUUGUUCUAAUCUUCCUGAGAGAAGUGAACGAGGUAAUUUGUGCAUGGAAGCACCUAACGUAACCGGAGAGUCGGACCACGACAAAGCUGCUCAUGGCAAUAGGCCUGGCAACGAAGACAUUUGGAAGCUGCUGGAGUCCCUCCGGGGUAAGACAACCACUGCCCCCGGGGGAGAGGAUGGGGCGACCUCGACGGACUACCGAUGUCCCGAUCGCUUCGUGCAUGUCAACAAAAAGAACACAUCUGCCUCAUGCGCCCCGCGAUGUAAUAUGGAAGUUUACUUUCGCCAAGAAGACAAACGAUUCGCGGAGAUUUGGAUGGUUGUGUGGGGGUCCCUGUGUUUCUUUUCCACUAUGAUCACUGUGCUGACGUUCGCCGUGGAUUCCUCCCGUUUCAAAUACCCGGAACGUCCCAUCAUAUUCCUGUCCUUGUGCUACGCCGUUUAUUCUGUGGCUUAUAUCAUCCGGGCGUGCACGGGGGCGAACGCCAUCUCCUGCGACAAGGGCAUCGCAGGUGUGGAAUUUCUUAUACAAGAAGGUUUAGAGAACACCUGGUGCAUUAUAAUCUUUCUGAUUUUGUAUUUCUUCGGUAUGGCCAGUUCUCUAUGGUGGGUUAUUUUGACUGUCACGUGGUAUUUGGCAGCAGGUAGAAAGUGGGGACAAGAAGCUAUCGAAGCCCUCAGCAGUUAUUUCCAUUUCGCCGCAUGGGCAAUACCCGCAGUGAAGACCAUUGUGAUCUUAACGAUGCGGAGGGUGGACGGGGACGAAUUGACGGGGUUGUGUUAUGUGGGCAACCAAGACAUUAAUGCCCUUACUUACUUUGUGCUGGCCCCCCUCUUGACUUAUCUGCUAGUCGGUACAGCUUUUAUUCUGGCAGGUUUUAUUGCCUUGCUACGAAUAAGGAACAAUUUACGGAGUCGUGACGGCACCAAUAUCAGAAAAUUAGAAAAACUGAUGGCCAAAAUUGGCGUGUUUUCGGUGCUGUACACGGUUCCCGCUACCUGUGUAAUUGGCUGCUACUUCUAUGAGCGUAUCAAUUUUGAGAAUUGGCGCUCUAUUGCCAUGAGAAGCGAGUGUGACUUGUCUAAAGACACUAAGAAGGAGUGUACAUUGAGUCAGUCCGUGCCCACGGUGGAGGUCUAUAUGCUCAAAGUGUUCAUGUCUUUAGUCGUGGGCAUCACCAGCGGAAUGUGGAUAUGGAGUUAUAAAACAGUCAGCUCCUGGCGAAACUUUUGCUUCAGGCGGUUAAGCCGUCGAAAAUCCGCCCUGGGCAACUAUCAGCAGGCUCCCGUGGUAGUCAUGAAACCGGGCAGCCAGAAGUGCGUGUCUAAAGCUGCCACAUCUCGCUUGUGAACUUCAUCAUUCAUCAAAGCCGUCAUCUUACAUAGAACUACUUCGGCGCAGUGCAUAUCAUCAUCCCCCACUUUCCCCAAACUACUUUCAUCCUCUCGCACGUGUUGUACUCAGUACGGUAUACAUUUCCACUUGGCUUUAAAAUCCCCAGCAUGUGAUAACCCCUAGCCCCGAUAACUUCAACACUAUCCACGGCGUGAACUCACUCAGCAGACUUGUUGUUACAAGAGUGUUUCUCUCUCCGAUAGAAGGCAUUUCACCGGCGACUGUUAAAUGAGCAGUGGGUAUAGGCUGACAGUAGAAAGGGGCCCUCUCGGUAAACUAGGUCAGCUGAGGUAAAUAGAAAGAGCGUGGUCGAGCUUUGUGCGGACUCAGAUACAGUAAUAGCCCUUGUUACAAACACCAACUUAACGGAGAAACACUAGCACAGUGCAGAAUUGAAACACUCGAGAAAAGGUUAAUUAAAGUGAUUAUCUUGAGCCUGUUAAUGAUGAAGUGUUUGGAGAGGCUAUAUUGGAUCGCAUGGCUUAUCUAACACUGUGUAUAUCGAUAUACACGGAGAAUGGAACAGCGAGUCUUUCUCUACACUUUUCCCCACACAUGACGCCUGUAUGGUUUUAAAAGUCAACUCAACGUCGCGUCCUUGUGAAUUGUAAAACCUGCUACUUCGAUAUGUGAUUUAAUCGGAAAAUUAUGCAGUGAACACCUUUGAAGUAGGACUACAGUGAUUCACGCGUGAAAGUCAGCUGCGCAAGAUCUUGUGUGCAAAUUAAUUUCUUGGGCUUCGGUUCACUCUCGACAUGGGCUCAUAUCGCCGACGGCAUGGUGAUCAUUGAUUUAAACAAGCCAGAAAAAAUAUCUUUUCUUAAGUACCUGUUUAAUCAGGGCAGUCCCUCGCUGGAAUACGUUUUCCAUUACGACAUUGUAUAUAUGUGCUAAUGUGAUUGUAAAGGAAUAGAGAUAUAUCGAUGUAAAUAUAUAUAUUUAAACACAUAUAAAUGAUCGUCCAGAAAUUAUACGCUCUUAAAAAGAUGUGCCUAUAAACGUCACUCACCAAAACAGCCCUCAUACUUUAGACGAGUGUUAGUCUAAAACACGUAUAGAUAAUUUCAACGUAUCCAGCUUUUGGUAAACGAAGUAAGGAAUUGAGCUUGUUUUUGUUGAUAUAAGGUCAAUAACUUAACAUUGGUGCUUCAAAUGUAAUUCGAUUCAUGAUCAAGAACUUCCUCUAUAGAAUUGUAACGUUUCCUUUUCAACAAACUGAAGCAAUAUUCUGUGAAGUGUAUAUGUUUAGAUGUUAAACACGUGACUUUCUGUGAAACUCACGAAAACGUACAUGUGUCCUCUACACGGAGGACUCGUCUGCCAGAAUUGUUUGUAUUGUUAACUUUAUGUGUUCUCGACAAUAUAAUUUUGAA